GGCAAUUUCCGUUCUUUGUUCUGUUCUCGGUUGUGUGGGACUGUGACAGGGUCCAAGUGGACCUGUUUCGUGUCCGGCCCCUUAAGUCUUACGUCCCUGUCCCCAGGUCCUUCUUCAAAACCUGCCUCCUGCAGAAUCUACAGCUAGCAGACCAGCGACCAGAGCGUUUCCCCUGCCCAUGGAAACCCAGGCAGACCAUGCAUCUCAGGAACCUCGGCCCCUGUUAGAGAGCACUCUUUCUUCUUCAAAAGUCCCUUCCUUUCCUGACAAGGACAGUCUCGGGGACAAGAUGUUGGCUGCUGCACUUCUAAAGGCCAAGUCUCAGGAGUUGGUGACAUUUGAGGAUGUAGCUGUGUACUUCAUCUGGAAAGAGUGGAAGCGUUUGGAGCCUGCACAGAGGGACCUCUACAGGGAUGUGAUGCUAGAGAACUAUGGGAAUGUGUUCUCACUGGAUGGUGAUUCCAAAACUGGAAAUGAUCAAGUAAUCUCUGAAGGUAUGGGGUCAUGUGAGAUGAUAUUGGGACGAUUCCAAAAGGAUGUUUCUCAGGGUCUUAAGUUUGAAGAAGCCUAUGAACAAGAAGUCAGUCUGCAAAGGCAGCUAGGGAAUUCCUCUGUUGGAAGACUGAAUAGGAAAAUACAAGAGUUUCACCAAGUGAGAGUUGAGGAAAAGCUCACUCAUAUGGGAGAAAGAAAUGAGAAGUACAGUGAGUUUGGGAACAACUUCACUGUGAAUUCCAAACUUACUUCACAUCAAAGACUUCCCAUGGGAGACAGACCCCAUAAGUGUGAUGAAUGUAGCAAGAGUUUUAAUCGAACUUCAGACCUUAUUCAACAUCAGAGAAUUCACACUGGAGAAAAACCAUAUGAAUGUAGUGAAUGUGGAAAGGCCUUCAGCCAGAGCGCACAUCUUAUUCAGCACCAGAGGAUCCACACUGGAGAGAAACCCUAUGAAUGUAAAGAUUGUGGGAAGACCUUCAGUUGUAGCUCUGCUCUCAUUCUACAUCAGAGAAUUCACACGGGGGAGAAACCUUACGAAUGUAACGAAUGUGGGAAAACGUUUAGCUGGAGCUCCACUCUUACUCAUCAUCAGAGAAUCCACACUGGUGAGAAGCCCUAUGCUUGCAACGAAUGUGGGAAGGCCUUUAGUAGGAGUUCCACCCUGAUUCAUCAUCAGAGAAUCCACACUGGAGAAAAACCCUAUGAAUGUAAUGAGUGCGGCAAAGCUUUCAGCCAGAGCUCACACCUCUAUCAGCACCAGAGAAUCCACACUGGAGAGAAGCCCUAUGAAUGUAUGGAAUGUGGAGGGAAGUUCACCUACAGUUCCGGCCUUAUUCAGCACCAGAGAAUCCACACAGGGGAGAAUCCCUAUGAAUGUAGCGAGUGUGGGAAGGCCUUCAGGUAUAGCUCAGCUCUUGUUCGCCAUCAGAGGAUUCACACUGGAGAGAAGCCUUUGAAUGUAAUGGGCGAAAAGCAAAAAUUCAGAGUUUCUGCUGAAUUAAACAUCAGAGAAUCCACAUGAGAGAGCCAUAAACUAUUUUCCUUACAUCCUGAGUCUACAGAGCUCUUGCCUUACCUUUUUAAUAGGACCAAUUUAGGGUCUGUCCCACCUCAAACAAUUCACUUACAGUGGGGCUGACUGGGAAAGCAUCCUGACACAGUGAUUAGUAGGAUUUCCCAGGAAUGGACAGCAGUCUUAAGAAAAAUUGUGAGGCAAGCAGUAAACUAAGCUCUGGGAACAGAAGGAAGCUUGGGGACCAGUCACCCCCUUUUGGGAAGGGGUUUGCACUAAACCAAUUUUCUCACACCAGAAGAGCCUUUCUUUCCAAGGUGGGGAUGGAUGCUUAUUUGCAACAAAAUUCCAAUGAUUUCACUAGUUGGAGUCAGUCUGGUGAGCAGAGAAGGCAGACUGAAGAAUAUUCUGGGUCACCAUACACUCUGGGAAGAGAAACAGAGAGGCUGUAUUUCUUUUUUGUUUGUGAGACAGGGUCUCACUAUGUACUCCUGGUUGUUCUUAGACCAGAGUGGCUUUGAACUCAGAGACUUGCUUGCCUCUGCCUCCAGAGUGCUAGGAUUAAAAGCAUGUACAACACCCCCAUUCCAAUGCAGGCCCCAGGGGCUGCAUUUCAAAGGCACUCUUCCUAAUCCAGCUUUAAUAUUGGACAAGGGAUAUGCUGCUUUGGUACACAAUUCUGUGAAUUCAGGAAACUUGGUGCUGAUGGGAUUAUUUUGUUAGGGGGAAACAAAAAAAGACCCCAUCAAGGGUUUCUGUAAUGACUAUCCUUUGGGCUUUUGGAACAGUUGUACCAUGUUUUCAGGAGCAGUCAGGCAGUUCUGUAGGCAGACCACAUAUCUUCCCUUGUGACAUCACUGCCUGAAUCUCAUAGGAGCGGUUCGGAACCCGAGGUAGAUCAGAAGCGUUUAGCAUUGGCCUGACUCCUUCCGUUUUUAAGCUUCCUGUUACUGUGGUGAAUUAAUGCCGGCCUCUAGUUACUAGAUGCUCUCAGGGAACUUACCUCCCCUGCUUGCCCUGCCCUCUCACAUGUAACAUCUGGCCUCAGCAUCUGGACCUCUCUGGAUUCCAGCUCUGACUUCAGCUAAAGCUUUGCAGCAGGGCUCCUCCUGGGUUUGGGAGGUGCUUCCUGAGUGUUCCCAGCCCAAUGGAUGGCUUUCCAUAUUUCCCCAGCCCCGUCCUUCCUGUAGCAUAAGUGAAAUGCACUACUAAACAGAAUUGUUUUUCAGAAGGGAGUGUUUUUGUAUGGGAGUCACACUUGUGUCAGUUAAAAUAGCACAGUGACCAUAAAUGGAAUCCUAAAGUGAAACUUCAGGAUUUGAAACUUUUCUUUGAUAAACUUUUUUUAAUAUAAGUGUAUGUAGCCAUCUUCAUACCAAAUUCAGGAUCUUAUGAGCUACACAGAUCAUUUUGUGUGGUCUAAUGUCUAAGAAUGGUGCUGAAAACUAAAAAGGUAUACUUGACUCCUGUGUAUCAAUGGGUCAACUUCUCUGCCUUGAUUUGACCUCUUUAGAAGGCUGUUACAGCCAUGGAACAUGGUAGGCUAGGGGUGUUAUAAAGAGAUUAACAUUAAGAUGUCCAUGAACUCACUUUUUUUUUUUUUUUUUAGAGUACUGUGAUUUAAUAUUUGUCUUUAAUUUUACAAAACUACAGAACCGAUCAUCCAGGCUACUUAAGCACUUGUUGCCAGGCCUGAUGGUUCAGGCUGUAAUCUCAAGCUUGGGAGGUUGAUAGAGGAAGAUCACAAGUUGACGGCUUGUCUGGACUGUGCUGAGUUCAAGGCUAGC